CAAAGAUCUAGAGUGAGAGAGAGAGAGAGUAACAGUAUCAUCAGUGUCAUGGAGGAGCAGCAAAAAGAUGAAACGAUGACGAACAAUAAAACAAAGAGAUUUCUCUUGAUCCUACACGCCGUCCUUCUCUCAAUCGGCACAUGCGGCGGCCCAUUGAUCACGCGUCUCUACUUCGUUCGCGGCGGCAAACGCGUUUGGCUCUCCUCCUCCUUAGCAACCGCCGGCUGGCCCAUAAUCUUCGUCCCCCUCCUCAUCAGUUUCAUCCGCCGCCGCCGCCAAACCGCCGCUUCCACCGCCAAGCUCUUCCUCAUGACUCCUCGCAUCUUCCUCGCCGCCACCGUCAUCGGAAUCCUCACUGGCGCCGACGACUAUCUAUACGCCUACGGCGUCGCCAAACUCCCAGUCUCCACAUCUUCCCUAAUCAUAGCGUCGCAGCUCGGAUUCACCGCGUUCUUCGCGUUUCUCCUUAUCAGGCAGAAAUUCACCGCGUUUUCCGUGAACGCGGUGGUUUUGCUGACGGUUGGAGCCGGAGUGUUGGCGCUGCGAACCGGUAGCGAUCGGCCGAAGGGAGAGACGAAAAUGGAGUAUUAUAUGGGAUUCUUUAUGACGAUCGCCGCGUCUGCUCUGUACGGACUGAUAUUACCGUUGGUUGAACUAACUUAUAAGAAGGCGAAGAAAACGGUUACUUAUACAUUGGUAUUGGAGAUGCAGUUAGUUAUUUGCUUCUUCGCUACCCUUUUUUGCACUAUCGGCAUGAUCAUCAAUAACGACAUUCAGGCUAUUCCAAGGGAAGCAAAGGUAUACGAAUUAGGAGAAAAAAUGUACUACUUUGUUCUAGUUUGCAACGGAUUGAUAUGGCAAUGCGGCUUCUUGGGGGUAAUCGGAGUGAUAUUCACGGGAUCAUCGUUGUUGUCGGCGGUGUUAAUAGCGGUUUUGUUGCCGGUGACGGAGGUGCUGGCAGUGGUGGCUUACAAGGAGAAGUUUCAGGCGGAGAAAUGUGUUUCAUUAGUGUUGUCUCUUUGGGGAUUUGUUUCCUACUUUUAUGGGGAGACCAAAUACAAUAACAAUAAUAAUAAUAAUACUAAUAAGUCAAAUGAACCUUCAAACCAACUAGUCGUUGAAAGUGAGCUAGCUAAGACACGACCAACUGAUCAUGUUGAUAGAAAGAAUAAGCUAGUAUUGGUGCCUGUGGUUGUGCCACCUCUUUGUGAGGAUGAGUGUGAAAUACCGCCACCACUAUCAUAUGUAAAUGAGACAUAUUCUUCGCCAGAAGGAGAGAUUUAUGAGGCUGGCGGUGAAGGAGGAGGUUCAGCUCCUUAUGCUCCCCGGAUAUCAGCAAAAUUGAAAGAAGGAAUUAAUAAGUAG